AUGGAAGCAACGACCGCCCCGUCCCUGGAGGGUACCGAGCCGCAUUGCAUCUUUGCUGUACGGAGUACCGCGCGCGGGUUUUUAUGGAGCGAACCGAAGCGAGAGUACUUGCCAGCUGCUGCCAGACCAUCACAGGUUUACAUCCUGGGGUCAAGUGCGUUUGCGUUGCUGUUGGCAGCACCCUCCCCCGGGUGGAGUGUGGUACCUGACAGUGUGUUCCAAGCGGUUAAAGGUACAUCCACUUUCUUCUCCUUAGUCAUCAUUGUGGCUUUUGGAUUGGACAGCGGACGGGUCGGCAAGGGUGGGUGA